AUGGCUUCACGACCGGCCUUUGCCGCACUGGGCUGUCUGCAAUGUCGUAGCCGUGUUUUGAGAGCUAUCACCUCGAAUUCAAACGCUAUCCUCCGAGCCCCAGCGCUUGCGACAACGGCGCCUCUUCGACCUCGUAACCUGCAUCGAGCUUUCUCGAGCUUGCCCCCGGACGCACCUAAACCAACAGGUGAAUCAGUUGCACCGGAAGUACAGCCUGAAGCUCAGGACUCCGAAGUAAAAACCCAAACCUCAGAGGUGACCGAGGAGAAGAAUGCAGGCGACGAGACCCCGUGGUUCCUCCAAGUCGAGCCCCCAACACAUGCACCCACUCAGCAUGUGUCGCCGCUACCCGAACUUCCUGAUGCAUCACCCGCUAUCCUCGAGCCGCUGAUGAAGUACGUCUACGAAGAGAUGGGACUUGACGACUUGUCUCUGCUCGACCUUCGCGCAAUGGACCCGCCCCCUGCCCUGGGCCCGAACCUUCUAAUGCUUUUCGCUACGGCUCGGAGCGAACGACACCUUCACGUCUCAUCCUCCCGCCUGGUCAAAUGGCUUCGCUACGCGCACAGAAUCGAGUCGAAUGCAGAUGGCCUUAUUGGCCCUGGUGAGCUCAAGACCAAACUGCGCAGAAUGAGGAGGAAAGCAAAACUUUUGGGUUCCAGUGCGAUGGUCACCCCAGGCGGCGACGACGGCAUUACGACCGGGUGGAUCUGUAUCAACCUCGGAACAUUAGGGGCUACAUAUGGCGAGGCGGCACACUUUGACGCUGAGGGCAAGAUGUCAGGUUUUGGUGCCCCAGUCACUGGUACGACCAUUGUUGUCCAAGUGAUGACGCAGGCACGCCGGACCGAACUCGAUCUCGAGCGACUUUGGAGCCAGCAGCUUACCCGAAGCGUGGUUCAGAACAAGAAGCUCACAGAAGGCGCCAAGUUUCAACACCGCUUUGGCCAGCUCCCACCAACAACGGAUCGCUCCAGCAAGGGCGGCGCUGCCACACCGGGUCAAAAACGUGCCUUCUCUACCUCCCUCAAGCGACCGAUGCCUUUUGCCCCGGCACCAUCCACAAAACCAGCCUCUACCAAGCCGGCACAUUCAGAGAAUUCCGGCGUAGAUCAUGUCAGUCUUUUGUCAAUGUCACUCCCCGAGAUUCGCCAACAGCUCGAGCAGAUACGUUGGGAAGGCAAACAGGUUGACAGAGACAGCUGUCUGCAUCUUCUUAAACAAAUCUUUCGAGCAGUCUCAAGCGACGAAAACCAUGCUCGGACCCAGGCUGAUCUCGCCACAGAACUGAUCGAGACGAUGAACGAACGGGGAAUGUCGAUCAUGGACACCGAAGUCAUCAUUACCAUCAUCGAGGCAAUUUCCCACUCUGGAGCACGAGGAGAGAAGAUUGAGAUGAUUCAGUCGAAUUUGGAGCUUGUCCUGCGUCGUGGGACGCAAUGUUGCCCGUCCGAGGAGCAGCUCAUGCGGUUGAUGAGGGCGUACGCAAGCCAGGGAAACUGGGAAAGGUUUUGGGACACAUGGCGUAUACCUCCGAGGUACAGCAAACGCCGCGGGCCGGAGCUGUACGUGUUUGUCUACUCGCUUAUGGCAAGGACGUCAGACAAAGUUAAGUGCAUGGACACAUUGAGGAAGUGCCUGGAUGAGAUGUUGGCUGAAGAGCCGCCAGUGUUGCCGACAGAACCAGUCUGGUUGGCGGUCAAGCAGUGCAUCCGGGUGGCUGACCCCGGUGCCAUCGAUGUUGCUGAGCACAUGGUGUCCAGGGGCGCCAGAGAUGGCAACAAGCCGCCCAGCAUGGAGUUUGUGAGGAUGCUGAAGGAACUUGAAGCUCUUCGCCGAAACAUGUAG